CCCAACCUCAUCACGAGAUCAUCUGGCCAUCUCUGGCGAUCAUGGACAAGCCGGAGAAGGUGCUGCGGUCGUCGGCGACGGUGUCGCUAUCUGGAGACCCGGACAUGCGCAUUCCAGAAGACGAAGCGAUCUACAACUACGAUGACAUGAUGCGUGAGCAUGGCCUGGCGCCGCCAACGGAAGACGUGCAGGCCGCGAAUGACCUCGUCGCGCAACAAUUCCGUGCGAUGAGUGCAUCUGGUCGCAAACGAAGCGACUCGAGCUUCUCCAUUGCGUCGUCCAUUAUCGGUCGGGACGCGGCGCGGUGGAAGAAAGACAAACAUUGCAAGGAAUGCAACACCGAAUUCCACCUCUUCCUGCGACGACACCACUGCCGUCAAUGUGGCUUUUCAUUCUGCGCCGAACACUCGCGCCGCCGCAUCGCUUUGCCGUCCCAGGGGUACAAAGAUCGCGUUCGUGUGUGCGACGACUGCUUUGAUUUCGUCAGCCAUUCCAACGAACAGCUCACAUUCCUGUGCGAAGACGAAGCAUGCGACCCAUAAAUAACGAAUACAUACACAUCCGAACCAUCGGUCGCCCUUGCGACGGCGUCCCGACCAUCCAAUCUGGGUCGGCUUGUCCGGA